GUGGGGGGGCUGUCCACUGGGCCCGCUAUCCCCGGUUCCGCGCUGCGCGGUCCGGCCGGUGACCUUCACGGCGGCGCGUGCCCCGCACCAGGGUUUGCCUUCCCGGAUUGGGCCUACAAGCCGGAGUCGUCCCCUGGCUCCAGGCAGAUCCAGCUGUGGCACUUUAUCCUGGAGCUGCUGCGGAAGGAGGAGUACCAAGGCGUCAUUGCCUGGCAGGGGGACUAUGGGGAAUUCGUCAUCAAGGACCCAGACGAGGUGGCCCGGCUCUGGGGUGUCCGCAAGUGCAAGCCCCAGAUGAAUUACGACAAGUUGAGCCGGGCCCUACGCUAUUAUUAUAACAAACGCAUUCUGCACAAGACCAAGGGGAAACGGUUCACCUACAAGUUCAACUUCAACAAACUGGUGCUGGUUAAUUACCCCUUCAUUGAUGUGGGGUUGGCUGGGGGCGCGGUGCCCCAGAGUGCCCCGCCAGUGCCAUCGGGCGGCAGCCACUUCCGCUUCCCUCCCUCAACGCCCUCCGAGGUGCUGUCCCCCACCGAGGACCCCCGCUCCCCACCGGCCUGCUCUUCGUCGUCAUCCUCUCUCUUCUCGGCUGUGGUGGCCCGCCGCCUGGGCCGAGGCUCAGUCAGUGACUGUAGUGAUGGCACGUCAGAGCUGGAGGAGCCACUGGGAGAAGACCCCCGGGCCCGACCACCUGGCCCUCCGGAGCUGGGUGCCUUCCGAGGGCCUCCACUGGCCCGCCUGCCGCAUGACCCUGGCGUCUUCCGUGUCUACCCCCGGCCCCGGGGUGGCCCUGAACCCCUCAGUCCCUUCCCUGUGUCGCCUCUGGCUGGGCCUGGCUCCCUACUACCCCCUCAGCUCUCACCGGCUCUACCCAUGACACCUACCCACCUGGCCUACACACCCUCGCCCACGCUGAGCCCCAUGUACCCCAGUGGUGGUGGGGGCCCCAGUGGCUCAGGGGGAGGCUCCCACUUCUCAUUCAGCCCUGAGGACAUGAAACGGUACCUGCAGGCCCAUACCCAAAGCGUCUACAACUACCACCUCAGCCCCCGCGCCUUCCUGCACUACCCUGGGCUGGUGGUGCCCCAGCCCCAGCGCCCUGACAAGUGCCCGCUGCCACCCAUGGCUCCUGAGACCCCGCCGGUCCCCUCCUCGGCCUCGUCAUCCUCUUCCUCCUCCUCUUCCCCAUUCAAGUUUAAGCUUCAGCCACCCCCACUAGGACGCCGGCAGCGGGCAUCUGGGGACAAGGCCCCGGCAGGUGCUGACAAGAGCAGUGGCGGCCCAGGUGGGCUGGCCGAGGGGGCAGGGGCACUGGCUCCACCACCACCGCCGCCACAGAUCAAGGUGGAGCCUAUCUCGGAAGGCGAGUCGGAGGAGGUGGAGGUGACUGACAUCAGCGAUGAGGAUGAAGAAGACGGGGAAGUGUUCAAGACGCCCCGUGCCCCACCUGCACCCCCCAAGCCCGAGCCCGGCGAGGCUCCUGGGGCAGCCCAGUGCAUGCCCCUCAAGCUGCGUUUUAAGCGGCGCUGGAGUGAAGACUGUCGCCUGGAAGGGGGUGGGGGCCCUGCUGGGGGCUUUGAGGAUGAGGGCGAGGACAAGAAGGUGCGUGGGGAGGGCCCUGGGGAGGCUGGGGGUCCCCUCACCACGAGGCGGGUGAGCUCUGACCUCCAACAUGCCACGGCCCAGCUCUCCUUAGAGCAUCGAGAUUCCUGAGGGCUGUGGGCUGGGGACCAUGUCCCCCCCGCCCCCAUGCUUCUUAUGCUGCCUUAACCCCCCCAUGCCCUGGAGGUGAGGGCAGCUCUCUAGUCUCUUCCCUGCCUCCUCCCGUUCCCCUCCCCACAUUUUGUAUAAAACUUUAAUUUCUUUUUUUUUUAAUGGUGGGGGUGGGUGGGUGCCCAGGGCUGGGGGCUGUUCCCUGUGUCUGUGGGUUUCUAAGUGGUGGUGGGGGGAGGGAGGGGAAAGUUAAGGGGCCACCUCUAUUCUGGGGAAUUUAUAUUUGAACUGAGGCUUUGGCCUUAGUACCCAGGAACUUUUUUUAUUACAAUCACUUAGGAAGUAAAGCCUUGUCUCCCUCCCUGUUCUCUGCCUCUUGUACCUUCCCCCUCCACUCCCCAGCCAUCCUCAGCCCCAGCCCUGCCUUCCCUGCCCCUCCAGGGGCCAUGAGUGCCUGGGUUUCUCAUACCCCACAAGGUUACAGCAGGGGAGGGAGGGACGAUUUUAUAAUGAACCAAAAAUCCCAUGUGUGGGGGGUGGUGGGCGGAGGAGGGUAAGAGGUACCGCCCAUGGGCCACAAAUCUCUACAAGUGCCUGCUAUCCCUCUUCCACUUUUCACCCCAGCACUGGCCCAACCCCUUCACCCCCAGCUGCUCCUAGGACUGGCCCAUGGGCAGGUGGGUGGGGGGAUGGGAAGGGGGUGCCCUGAAACCAAACUGGAAGCCCCCUCUGCCUCCUAGCUGGGCCCCCUGGGGUGGGAUGGGGGUGCUGUGGUCAAGCCUUAUUCUGUAUUGGGGAGUGAGGGUGGGGGGGGAGAAGGGGGGCCGCUGGAGAAUGUAUUCAAAAUAAUAAAACUUUGGACCUUUGGA